AUGCCUACCUCAUCACUCGGAGGAUGGGCCCUUACCAAUAUGGGCCCACUCUCAACAACAUAUACUGCUCCAGUUUCAUGCUUCACCGAAGCAACAAGGGACGUCCUACUUGCGACGAACUACGUAGACAGCGACACCAACUCAACCAGUCUAAUCCCUUACCAAAAUUUAUGCUCAACUACGCCGACCGCGGCGACAAUUGGUGACUGUCUCCCGUCGGGAAAGGCCAUCGACAGCAUGUAUGCGGACAUUGACAUAAAUAAUCCGGUCGCCGGCAGCACUAUAUUAUAUUACUCUCCUGGCUUGGUUUGUCCUUCCGGACAUGUUACAGUCGGUGUCGCAUCCAACGACGCUGGCUCAAUCAUCAGUUCUGGUGAUGCAUUCGUGCCAACCUCUGUUCCCAGCAGUGGUUGGAAUCUAGGCUAUGUAAACAUCAGACCCAACGUCAUGUUGCAGGGACUGGACAAGAGCGAGACUGCUAUACUCUGCUGCCCUAGCAAUUAUAACGUAAAUCUGAAUGGUUAUUGUUGGUCUGCUUUACCAUCAUACACGCUCCCCACGGUGGGAUGUGCUCGCAUGGUUCCUGGAGAUGAUUACACUCGAGUAUCCACGGAUCUCAGCGUUUUCGGUACCACAGUCACGGGGAUUUUAAUCAGCUAUGUGUCUACCCACCCGAUCUCGAAGACCAUCACGCAGACCAUCACGGAUCCGGGUAACUGGACUGCUGUCACCAUGGCCGCGAUGGUAACGCUAAUCCACAACGCUGCUGAUGCUACGGCUACGCCGUCGUCUUCGUCGUCUGAAGGUCCGGUGAACACAACGAGCGCUGCUGGCCCAGGUAGAGCGGUGGGAGGAAAUGGCGCAACUGCUGCACUCUCUUGUUGGGCGGUUGGUUUAGCUGUAGGACUUCUUUACACGACUUUCUUGUAG